CCAUAUCUAGCUAACAAUUCAAUAUUUCUACUGGACUUUUGCUUUGUUUGUAUAAUUGAAUGUGCUAAUUUGACAAUGUUAUUGCGGGGAGGACCGCGUAACAGAGCCUACCGAUACUGUACAUCUCAAUAAAGUUUAUUUUUACAAACCCCCCCAAAAAAGUGUCAUGGCGACGCCCAGAGCAGACGACUGGAGUUGGUUUCCUGCAUUAGCACUCGGCGUUUCUUUCCUGAAAUGUAUUUUGAUAAACGCAUAUCAUUCCACAGACUUUGAGGUUCACAGGAACUGGCUCGCCAUCACUCACAGCCUUCCUGUGUCAAAAUGGUACCAUGAGAACACCUCAGAGUGGACCCUGGACUACCCUCCUUUGUUUGCCUGGUUUGAGUAUAGCCUGUCCCACGUGGCUCAGCAUUUUGACAAGGAGAUGCUGGUGGUGCAGAAUCUCAUCUACACCAGUCCUGCUACCAUCCUUUUCCAGAGGCUCUCUGUCAUCGUGACGGACAUAGUCUUCAUUUACGCUGUCAAAGAAUGCUGUAGAAGUGUGAGAGAAGAGAAGGGUUCCAAGGACCUCCUGGGGCAUCCAUUUUUCAUCCUGGCAGCUCUGCUUUUGUGGAACUUUGGCCUCCUCAUCGUUGACCACAUUCAUUUCCAGUACAAUGGAUUCCUGUUUGGAAUACUACUGCUAUCAGUGGCAAGACAUUUACAGCUCGUUCCAGUCGCUUGCCGCAGGGAACUGAAAAGAGGAGCGAUCCAGGAAUGUGCUUUGGAGACCUUUAACAGAAUGAGACUGGCAGAAUGGGAGUUGUAUGUGGAGGAUGAGGGUUGCAGGCAGACACCUGGAGGGGGCGUUGCUCUUCACUGUUCUCCUGAACCUGAAACAUAUCUACCUGUACAUUGCUCCUGCCUACGGGAUCUUCCUGCUGCGGAGUUACUGCUUCACCAAGGACAACACAGAUGGCUCUGUGAGAUGGAGCAGUUUCAGUCCUGUUCGUCUGGUAGCUCUGGGAUCUAUCGUGAUCUCUGUCGGCGCCCUGUCCUUUGGUCCGUUCAUUGCUAUGGUACAGGCCAGCUCCCCCAGGUCCUUUCCAGACUCUUUCCCUUUAAGAGGGGCCUGUGCCACGCCUACUGGGCCCCUAACGUCUGGGCCCUCUACAACAUGGUGGAUAAAGCUCUGUCUGUGCUGGGUGUGCGUCUGAAGCUGUUGGAUGUGGCAAAGCUUCCCAAAGCCUCAAUGACUGGUGGAUUGGUGCAGGAGUUCCAGCACUCCAUCCUCCCCUCCGUCUCUCCCUCCAUCACACUCAUCUGCACUCUGCUCUCCAUAAUGCCUGCAGUGUUGAGUAUCUGGUGUCGUCCGCGUGGUGCCCGGGGGUUCCUGCGCUGUCUGGUGGUCUGUGCCCUGGGCUCCUUCAUGUUCGGCUGGCAUGUCCACGAGAAGGCCAUCCUCAUGGCCAUACUGCCCUUCAGCAUACUAGCAGUUGAGAGCAGAGAGGAUGCUGGGAUCUUCCUGAUGCUGACCACCACGGGGCAUUACUCUCUGUUUCCACUUCUCUUCACUGCAGCAGAGCUGCCCAUCAAAGUCCUGCUGAUGCUGCUGUUCACGCUCUACAGCUUCACCUCCUUAAAGAAACUGUUCAGGGGUUCCCUCCUUAACCCUCUGGAAACCACCUACCUCCUGGGCCUGGUUGCCGUAGAGAUCCUCUGUGAGGUUGUUUACCCUCUGUCGCCGUGGCAGCAUACCCUGCCCUUCGUGCCCCUGCUGGUGACAUCAGUGUACUGCUCUCUGGGAGUCUCUUACUCCUUCAUACGCCUCUACGUCUCUCUAUUGAGGCAGCACGGGACAGACAAACACAAACAACUAUGAGACAGAGAGAGACACUAGUGAGUAGUGACCAAUUCACAAUCAACCCCUUUGUUGUAUCCCAAAUAGUAUACUAUUCCCUGUGUAGUGCAUUACUUUUGACCAGGGCCAUAUAGAAUGUCAUUUGUGAUGCACUCUUUGUUUUACAUUGGUGUGUAAAGAAAAGAGGUGGUGUUUCAAACUUUCUGCGAUGCUGUUACUAGUCCAUCCAGAGCAGAUCUUCAAGUGUGCAUCUAUAAGUGUAGAUUUGGGAUGGGAAACACCAAGGAACAGUCACUUAUAAAUGCACACUCGAAGAUCGGCUCUUGAAGGAUGUAUCAUAGCAUGAAUAAUAUGUCUGUCUGAAUGUGUGAAAAAAAUAACUUGUACCAAAUGUAUCUCAAAUGACAAUGGAAAAGUGGGGAAAUAGUAUGGAAUGGGACGAAGUUCAUGCUGUAUUUCUUAUGUUUACAAAUAAAAAUAUAAUAAACAGAUUUUUUUAUUAUGA